AUGUGCAGUGGCAUUGCGGCGGCCAGAGCCGGUCUGCGCAGGCGUCAAGUAGGCUCGCGGACUCUUGGGAAGGGGGCAGAGUGGAGGAGCCUUCCGGAGGACGCGCGCGGGGAGCCGCCUCGGUUACGUCGUCACUGUGCGCCGUCGGUCUUGAUUUUGCUGGGUGUGGAGAUGCCCGGCGGCGGGGCGGCCCGGGACGACGGCGCUGCGCUCCUCUCCGGCGAUCGCUCGACCGCACAGAAGGAGGAUCUUAGCAGCAGGAUUAAAGAACAAAAAAUUGUCGUGGAUGAACUUUCUAACCUGAAGAAGAAUAGGAAAGUAUAUAGGCAACAACAAAACAGCAACAUAUUCUUUCUUGCAGACCGAACAGAAAUGCUUUCUGAAAGAAAAAAUAUCUUGGACGAACUAAAAAAAGAAUACCAAGAAAUAGAAAACUUGGAGAAGACCCAAAUCAAGAAAUAGUCACCCUCGUUUCACAUA